GGACCGCGCGGCGCGCUGUCAGUCCCUGCGGCUCGGAGCCGGCGCGGUCGCGGGACUCUUCCGGACAGCACGGGUGGCUCGGGGCCCCUCGGGUUCCGCGGUGCGGAGGGCACCAUGGACGACAGGGAGUUAAUUGAAUACUUUAAGUCUCAGAUGAAAGAAAAUCCUGACAUGGCCUCAGCCGUGGCUGCCAUACGGACGUUGCUGGAGUUCCUGAAUCGAGAUAAAGGGGAGACGAUCCAGGGCCUGAGGGCGAAUCUCACCAGAGCCAUAGAGACCCUGUGUGGCGUGGACUCUUCCGUGGCCGUGUCCUCGGGCGGGGAGCUCUUCCUGCGCUUCAUCAGCCUCACCUCCCUGGAGCACUCUGAUUUCUCCAAAUGUAAAAAGAUCAUGAUUGAGCGGGGAGAGCUGUUUCUCAGUAGAAUAUCGCUGUCAAGAAAUAAAAUCGCAGACCUGUGCCAUACUUUCAUCAAAGAUGGGGCGAGAAUACUCACGCACGCCUACUCCAGAGUGGUCCUCAGGGUCCUGGAAGCGGCUGUGGCGGCCAAGAAGCGCUUCAGCGUGUACGUCACAGAGUCCCAGCCUGACUUAUCCGGGCAAAAAAUGGCCAAAGCCCUCUGCCAGCUCAAUGUUCCUGUCACGGUGGUCCUGGACGCUGCCGUUGGCUACAUCCUGGAGAAAGUGGAUCUCGUCAUAGUCGGGACCGAAGGAGUGGUCGAAAAUGGCGGGAUUAUUAACAAGAUUGGAACCAACCAGAUGGCCGUGUGCGCCAAAGCACAGAACAAGCCGUUUUACGUGGUUGCAGAAAGUUUCAAGUUUGUGCGGCUCUUCCCACUAAACCAGCGAGAUGUCCCAGAUAAGUUUAAGUACAAGGCAGCGACUCUGCAGUCUGCGCGGACCGGGCAGGAUCUCAGAGAGGAGCACCCAUGGGUCGACUACACGCCCCCCUCCUUGAUAACCCUGCUGUUCACAGACCUGGGGGUGCUGACGCCCUCCGCAGUCAGCGACGAGCUCAUCAAGCUGUACCUGUGAGCUGGGGCCCUCGUCUGCCCCCGCAGCCGUGCAGCCGGGCGGGGAGGAGCCUCCUGGCCCCUCAGCAAGCCCGGCGAGAGGAAUUUUAUUUUUAAAGAGGAUUUAUGGACUAAGGACUUAAACUCUUCAGUCUCAUUUAAACAUGUUCUUGGUUCCCUUAAAACUCAACCUAAAUUGUACUGACAGUUUGCAGAUACUUGCAUUCAUUUCCUGUUCCUAAAAAUACACCUUAGACUAUUGGCCACUUAACUGACGAAAGAUGAGCCCGGGUCCCCUCCCUGCACCUUCCUCUGCGCUACAGUCUCUCUUGCCAAAAGCAGCCACUGAGGAGGUGCAGCCUAACCCCACAGGCGCCCCCGCUGCAGCCGGGCGCCCCUCCGGGAACCAAGGGCUGCCCAGGCCACAGACACGUGGUACCUGGUGCCUCGCAAGAAGGCAGGGCACAUCCGCCCAGUGGGCACCGGGGUCCCACGGGGAACCCCAGCCAGGGCUGCUGGCCCCGCACAGGGUGGAGCCCAGCGGAGUGGAGCCUGCCCAGAGGGCCCGCGCCAGGAGGACACCGCAUCGGCAGGGUCUCCAUGGCCCACCAUGUAUGAGUGCGCCUUCCGGAACACUUGUCACCUUAAAUUCUGUAUGUGUGAAAGAUGUGAAUCUUAACAGGUUGGGGACCUGACCUACUUGUAAAAAUUGUAUUUGAGAACUGAGCAUCUUUUCAA